AGAGAAAGACACAGUAGGAACUAGGCCGCUAGACCAACAAAGCAGGAGAACCACUCCACGAGUCCACGACCGCGUCGCUCAAUUCACCCGACGUCUUAGCAGCACCAUCAGGGUCCGUGUGUCUCUGACAGACCCCUCCUCCCUCUUUGUUACAAAAGGGGAAUGAUUAUGAAAUCCGUCUUCCUCCUACGACGUCGUAUAUAGUAGAUGCUAAAUAUCCAUCUCUGAGCUACACCGGUAAUUAAGCCUCAUUAAAAAAGAGAACGGUAGAUUAGUCGGGGUCUCUGGUAGCCUAUUGGUAGUCUUUUAGUAUCAUAAGUACGGUUAUAGCCUAUUAGCCUGUUCAUUUCUGCCGUACUUGCUGUUAUAGCUCGCGGGUUGGUCGAGGUGUAACCAUGUCGGGGUGCGAGGCAGCUGGCGUGGCGUCGACGGCCGUGGCGACAGUCGCGAUGCCUUCGCGAGAGAAUGGCGACGACAUGGGCGAAGACCCCAAGCGCUUCGACUUCGGGUUCGCCUUCAACAACGCCGAUUUCGCCGAUCGCAUCGUGCAGCUUCGGAUUUGCCCUGACGAAGCCACCACCCCCGCCGCUCCAGCAGCAGCGGAAGCUUCGGCGCAGCUUCCGGCGGCUCCCCAUCCCGCGGCGGCGGAAGCCCCCUCUCCCCCUCCGCCGCCGCCGCCGCCGUAGCCGCCGCGUCUGCCGCCGGGAAUCUAGGAAAGAGAUGUUCUUCUAUCGGGGGAGGUGCGGGGGGGAUGGAGCGGGAGGGGGGCGGAAGCGACUGCUUAGAUUUGAUGGAUAUGGCGGUGGAAGGGGGGAGGGGAAGGCGGAGGGGGGCGCGGGCGCGGAUGGGGAGGGGGAAGGGGGGAGGCGGAACGGGGAGGCGCAGGGGGGGAGGUUUUUGGUUGGCGGGCGCGGGGGUAGAGGAGCGAGCGGAGAGUUGUCGUUUCUGGCUGCUCUGAAUAGUCCAGCCGUACCGCUGCCAGCAGGUUUGGGACCGGACCAAGCGGCUGCUCUGACAAGAGGCUCGGCAGGAGGAGCUAGCCUCGGCAGCCGACCCCAGAGCCCCUUCACCACCAGCAGUGGUGCUGCUGGCGCUGCUGUUGCUCCUCCUGCUGCUGCUGCCGCUGCUGCUGGUGCUGCUGCCACUUCUGCUGCUCCUGCGGCCGGUGCUGGUGGUGGUGCUGCUACUGCUGCUGCCGCUGCAGCCGCUGCUGCCGCUGCAGCUGUUGUUGCUGCUGAUGCUGUUGCUGCUGGUGUUGGUGGUGGGUUCGGGGGAGUAAUGGGCAGAGCACCCAGGUUCGGCAGUUUGGGGGGGUCGGGGCUCUCACCGUUCGAGUCAAGCCAAAAGCCAUCGGGAGGGCCUGGGCUGGGGACAGGCGCAUGUGGCGGGUGUGGCAUGGGAGGAAACGGCAGUGGAGGUGCAAAUCUGGGCGGCAGUGCGUUUCUGGGCGGCGGUGGUGGUGGCGGUGUGACGAUAGGGAGUUGUGGGGGGUUCAGAGUGGUGAAUCUGCAUCUGUCAUCGGUGGUGCUGGCAGCCAAGUCUGCUUUCUUCCGCACACUCUUCACCUGCGGCUUCAAGGAGACGUGCCAGAACAACCCCGUGGUGCUCAACGUGUCCCCAGAAGAGGAGGGCCCAGUGAUCGAUCUCCUACGCUUUAUCUACACGGGCGACAUGCAGGAGGGCAGCACGGAUCCAGAAGAUAUUAUCAAGAUGUACCUGGUGGCCGACAAGUUCGGGGUCGCCUCCUGCAUGAAGAUCUGCCUCGAGCGCCUCGUCAACCUCCCCAUGACCGUCCCCACCGCCUGCCUCUACCUCUCGCUCCCCGACUCCAUGCACUCGCACCGGGGGGUGGCGCAGCUGCUGGAAGCUUCCAGGGGGUUUCUGGUGGCGCAUUUUAGGGAUCUGGAGCGGGUGCACAAGGGGGAGGAGUUUUUGGAGCUGCCUCUCGUGGGCGUGCAGACGCUGCUGGCGAGCGACGAGCUGAAUGUGAGGGACGAGCUGACGGCGUUCCAUGCCAUGGUGGAGUGGCUCAGGCACCACCACGACGAUCUGGAUGACAGGAAGCGAGCGGCAGUGCGCCUGGCGGAGCACGUGCGAUUUCCUCUCAUGACAGGGGAUGACCUCGAGGAUGUGGUGCUCAAGGCGGCAGAGAUGGACAGCCCCGAGUGCCAGGCGCUGGUACGCGAAGCAGCGUGGUUUCGCGCGUACAGCCUUGUGAGGCGACUGAGGCUCAUGAACGAGACGGCCGCCACGCACAGGCGGUUCUGGCAGCGGCGGUGGAACCGAAACUCUGUGGGGCAUGUGUAUUUCGACAUUCACCUGGAGAGGUUUCAGGCGCUAGCAGUGGCAGCGACAGUGGAAUCAGCCACGUUUGGAAUCGGUGGGAAGCGGUUCUACCUGUCAGCUCGGCACGGCAGGAGAGACGAUGGCACUGAGACUCUUGACAUUCACCUGCACUUGGAGAACAGCCACAGCGUGCAGCCCGAGAUACAGGUGAGCUUUAUCUUCUAUGCCAAGCGGUGGCCAGAGGGCCAGUUUGACUACCUGAGGGACCGCGUGACCAAGGGGUUUGGGCGCAAUGCGAGCAACUGGGGCUACAGCAACAUUUUGGGGCGGCCGUGGGCCGAUGUGGUGCAGGACGACAGCAAGUAUUUCAAGAAUGGCGUCAUGUCGGUGUUUGCUGAAGUGCAAAUUCUAGAGGACGCUGGGAGGGGGCCGGUGGUGGGGGGGUGAGUGAGACGAUAACCACAGGGUGUUUGAGGCCGCUCUGGACCACAGGGAAGGGAGGGGAAAGGGGGUGAAUGUGGUGCAGGACAACAAGUAGUUGACGAAACGGCAUUAUGUCCGUGUUUGCGUAAGUGCAGAUUCUAGAGGACGCUGGGAGGGGGCCGGUGGUGUGAAAGGGGGGGGGGCUGGGGCAUGUGGUGCACGAGGGCAGCAAGUACUUAAGGGACAGCGUCCUGUCGGAGUUUGCUAAGUGCAGAGUGGAGACGACUGGGCCGACUUGACUACCCUUAUCGAGACAACCGGACUGGAAUGCAUUGCUUGAACAGUGCAUACCACAUAGCUCCUUAGUGUUCAAUGAUGUUCCUAAGAAUUUACAGCAAGGUACUACCUGUUGGAAAUGAUAAAAGGACUUCAAGACG